GAAAAUACUCCAGAAUUGAGUCUUGGAAACGAUUAUUAAGCCAUGACGUCACUAAAGGAAACUACAAGGUUAGCCGAAAAUCAACGAGGUCAAACAGAAAAUGGGAAAACAAUUGAUCGUUUAACUAGCAUUGAUGAAUCCGAUUGCGAUUUUGAUUCCGAAUACGAUUCCGAUUGCACAAACUUCUUUCUUAAUAUGUCUUUAAAAAAGUCUUGCCAAUGCCACAGCGCUAURAAACGACAACAGAUGAUGAUGAUUAUGAGGAACAAUAGGAGCUGGCAGUUUCGAUUGGUAGUCACCCGAUAUGCGUCUAAAGUUUUACUAUCGAUUUUAUUAUCGAUCGUUAUUCUAGCAUCUGCCCAGGAAGUAACGAGAGACACAGAAAAAUUGCUUGGAUCAAACAGCACAGAAAGCCAUCGAAAUCAAACACAUACAACUGCUAUUCACACUCCAAUUAUAAAGGAACACAGCCAAAGCCAGAGCCAAAGGCGGUCGGAUCAGCCCCUAGGUCAAAUGCCAGCAAGCAUACAAGGAUUUAGCGUAAACAGAAAUAGUUUGAUUAGUGGAGAUUCUGUGCUGCAACGUCAGCUGAGGGAGAAAGCGAAACAGGAUAGCUUGGAAUCGAUUAAGAUGCAUAUUUUGAUGCGACUGAACUUAAAGAAAUUGCCCAAUAUAACAAAGCCAAUAAAUGUACCUCAGAACAUAUUGGAGAAUUUUUACAAAAACUAUAAUUCCUCGCUUUUGAACUCGAUGUGGGGUCAAAAGAGUAAGCCAAACGGUGCUGCUACUCCUGCUCCAAACAAGCUUGGAUCUGCUCUGUAUAUGCAUGAAGAUACUGUGACGGACUCUGUGAAUAUUACGCAAAACAUUAAACAGAGCUCUAAUAAUAAUUCUAAAUAUGAAGCGUCCAAUAAAAAUACGUCUUUGGAAAUGCAGGGUGACGAUCCUAAUAAUUUUAAAGAUUUUCAGUAUAUCUAUAAUAUUGAAAUUGAUAAGCAUCAACGGGUACAAAUGCCAAUGCAUAAGGCCACUGAAUUUACAAUUAACGACGAUGAUAUUGAAUAUGAAAGCAUACUUUCCCAUAUAAACCGUGUUUAUAUAUUUCCAGAACAGCCCCAUGUGCGACAUAAUCGGAAAACAGAUGUCUUACGUUUCAAAUUUGAAUCAGGAUCCUCAGAUAUUUCUUAUGUGACACUUCACUUGUAUUUGCGUGGAUUGGAAUGGAUCAGUAUCUAUCAACCGAAAAUGCUUGAAGAAUUGUCCGAUUUUCAGAAUAAGGAGAUUGUCGUAGCCUUGCAUCGGGCUAUACGUCGAGCAAAUAACACAAAUUAUACGCACAAGGCAAAAAUCUUCGAGUUCCGACAUAAAAUUCCAACUGGAUUGGGUCAAUGGGUCAACGUGGAUUUGAAACCCUUAAUAGGUACAGGAGCCGCAAUAGAUCCCAGUCAAACCCAGGAGAUUUUUAUAAAAGGUGUCGAGCCAUGGAUGCGGCCCUUGGUUGUCACGACAGAUAGUACUGCAAAAAAUCCAUUGACCGUGCAUAUUGAAAUUGGAUCCCGCAAAAAACAUCGAAGAAAACGAAGCGUUUAUCUCGAUUGCACCGAGAACGAUCACGAUAUGCGCUGCUGUCGAUAUCCUUUAAAGGUUAACUUUACCAGCUUCGGAUGGCACUUUGUUGUGGCUCCCACAUCAUUCGAUGCAUACUUUUGCAGCGGGGACUGCAGGGUUGGGUAUUUGGAGCAGUAUCCACACACGCAUUUAGCAGCGCUGACUACGUCGGCGACGCCAUGUUGUUCGCCAACGAAAAUGAGUUCCUUAAGCUUGCUGUAUUUUGACGAAAAUCACCAACUUGUGUUGAGUGUAAUACCAAAUAUGUCCGUAGAGGGAUGCAGCUGUUCCUAGCAAAUAAAUUUAAACAAUCA